UCUUCUAUCAUUCUCCUCUCUCUCAAUUCUCAUCUUCCUCUUCUCCUCCUUCCUUUUCCUCGCAAAAUAUAUAACAAUGGGCAAGAGGCAAAGGAUCAGCAACAUCGUCGGCGGCAACGACGUCGGCAAAGGCACCGCCAAGCUGAAGAGAACAAGAAAGAGCGGCCCAAGAGACUCUCCUUCUCAGCGCAGCUCUAUCUACCGCGGUGUAACCAGGCAUCGUUGGACAGGACGAUACGAGGCGCAUCUGUGGGACAAAAAUUGCUGGAACGACUCGCAAAACAAGAAAGGGAAGCAAGUUUAUCUCGGGGCUUAUGAUGAUGAAGAGACAGCAGCUCAUGCAUAUGAUUUAGCAGCAUUGAAGUAUUGGGGCCAUGAAACCAUCCUUAAUUUUCCUAUAUCGGCAUACAAAGAAGAGCUCAAGGAAAUGGAGAGCCAGUCCAGAGAAGAAUAUAUUGGAUCACUAAGAAGAAAAAGCAGUGGGUUUUCAAGAGGAGUAUCAAAAUACAGAGGAGUCGCUAGGCAUCAUCAUAAUGGACGAUGGGAAGCUCGAAUCGGUCGAGUUUUUGGCAAUAAAUAUCUCUACCUUGGAACAUAUGGAACGGAGGAGGAGGCAGCGACUGCCUAUGACAUUGCGGCGAUCGAGUACCGGGGCCUCAACGCCGUCACCAACUUCGACCUCAGUCGGUACGUCAAGUGGCUCCGGCCACCAAACUCCGAGGGAGCGACCGACGACGCUGACCCGAUUACGGCCGGCAUCCUGCAGACGUCACCCCACGACUUGCUCCGAGCUCCCGACCCGAAUGAGCCAACAGGAAGCAGAGGAGGAGUGGCCACGGCAUCUGCACUCGGUCUGCUGCUGCAGUCGUCGAAAUUCAAGGAGAUGCUGCAGAAGGCUUCAGCAGAAAGCACCACCACAUCCUCCUCCUCCUCAUCGUCGCCGAUGACACCAAAUUCUUGUGAAGACAAUAAAUCACUAAUCCAGUGCAAUAACUUUCCAGAUUACAUCCAGACCUACUUCGAUAGCCUAAAUGGCGGAAGCUUCAUCGAGGAAGAAGAUGACUUCUCCAUCUUUGGGGAUUUCAGUAACUUUGUGUCUUCUCAGAUGGAAGAGGACAUCAUCCAGCUCUGAUGAGCAUGCGGUACUUUGCAAGUGAGCUCAAAUAAUUGAUAAUAAUCUCUUCUUCUUUUUUCUUCUUAAUUUUGGGAACAGGAUUAGUUGAUGAUGAUAAGUUAAUCAAAACACAACAUUUGUGCUAAGCAUUGAUUCAUUUUGUUGCUAGUUAACGUCGAUAGAGAUUGUUCAAGUAUCAAUAAAAACGUGUUGUUCUGUGAUGUGCAUGGUCUAUUUUGAUCAGCAGUAUGCUCUGACUUUGACCGAUAUCAAAUGAAAACUCCCAAGGAA